CCAAUAACAUCAAACUGCUUAUUGAAUGUCAGCCAACCUCAAGAGGGCCUCAAGUAAUUCCACAUCAAGUGUUGCCAGCCUUGGCGCGGAGGUGCUAGACCAACCCGCCCAGAGCUCCUCAGUCAUUUCUGCAGGAGAACACAAAGGUGUCACAUCAGCAAGAGCCUUGCCAGGCCUGAUUUGAUCCACACAUCCAAAGCCCAAAAGGAACAAUGAGCACCACAUCAACAGAGAUUUCUGCGUUUCUCCUGAGUGUCUCCGGGUGGAUCCUGGUGUCAUCCACACUUCCUACAGACUACUGGAAGGUCUCCUCAGUGGAUGGGACGGUCAUCACUACGGCUACCUUCUGGUCUAACCUGUGGAAAACAUGUGUGACCGACUCCACAGGCGUGUCCAACUGCAAGGACUUUCCCUCUAUGCUGGCUCUGGAUGCGUACAUCCAAGUAUGUCGGGGCCUGAUGAUUGCUGCGGUGUGUCUGGGUUUCUUUGGAGCCAUACUUUCCCUGCUUGGAAUGAAGUGCACAAAAGUAGGAGGUUCCGAGACAUCCAAAACUCGCCUGGCAGUCCUUGCAGGUUUUCAGUACAUCCUCAGCGGAUUGUGCUGCAUGACCGCCUGCUCCAUAUACGCUCACAGGAUCACCAGCGACUUCUUCGACCCCCUCUUUGUUGCACAGAAGUUUGAACUGGGAGCGGCGCUCUUCAUCGGCUGGGCUGGAUCCGUGUUAUCCAUUUUGGGAGGUUUGAUUUUCUGUCUCUCACUUUCAGAGAGCUCGAGCGUCAGGCAAGUUGACAAUGGGCCUCAGUCAGCAACAGUUCUCCGACACACAUUAGCCUCUAAAUCCUGCUUUCACACCCUUUAAUAGUGUUUAGCGGCCAUGUUUGCCAAUGUUUUUUUUCUAAUCAAAGAAGUCCUACAUAAACUUUUGGGGCCCAAAUUGGUUGAGCCGGACUUUAGGAAUUUAUUGGAAUCUCUGUUAUCCCUUAACGGAGCCAAAACACUGUCAUCAAGAUGAAAGUGAUAAAAAGAAACUUGAAUGUAAAAACCAGCAAGCUAAAAUCGGAAAAAAAAGACAAAAUACAAGCAAUGAAAAAAAAAUGGACA